AUGGAUCCUGAGACAGGUGAUAGGCCUAGUCAAACUGAGCUAUGGAGGAUGACUCACCAACGGUCAAAUGGAACAUGGGCUGAUGAAAAAUCCAAGAAUGCCCAUGAGGAGAUGAUGAAUCUUCUAAGCCAGCCACAACCCUCACAAUCAGGUGAAGGUUUGGUAGAUCUAACUUUAAAAGAAGCUUUUGUACGUGUCAUUGGUGAGAGAUCAGGACAUGCAAGGGGACUUGGAUGUGGUCCUAGGGGUGCUACAACUAGCAAAAACCAUUCGCAAGAGCAGAUAGAACAAAUGUUGAAAGAACGUAAUGAAUUUGCACAAAGGAUCACACACUUGGAAGAGACUUUUGAUGCCCGCGUUCAAGCUGCAGUGGAGAUGGUUAAAUCUCGUGUUAACGCGACAGUUAAGGCCGCAAUUCAAGCCGCUUUAGCAAAAUUUAAGGAUAGUUCCGACUAA